UUCAGACUUACACACACUUUCCAUCAAACAAACUCUCAACCCUACCAAAACUACUCCAAAUUACAUUCCUCAAAAUGCCUUUCGAACAACCAGUCGUUGAGCAACAAAUCCAAUCCGAGGCUCCUAUGAGCUCCGAGAACAUUGGUAUUGAGAUGCAACAACCAAAACCAGUUCCUACCAUGGGUACCGAGACCAACCUUCGUGGUGAAAAAGAAAUUCUCGUGCCCAUUCUCCCCCGUCAAUCGUCCGAAGAAGAUUAUCUCACCUCCGUCUGUUCUCCAAACAUAACCUCAGGCACUAUCCCCCCCUGCAUCGAAGUAAUAACCAUCCAAUCCGCCUGCACCCCCAACGGCACCACGCCUCUUGAUUAUCUCGCUCACGCACAAUGUAUGUGUCAUGGUGGAUUUUUCAGCAACUGGCUUGGAUGUCUCAAUUGCGAUUAUGUACAUGGUGGACGAUCCCCAGCAGUCGUCAGCGCAUUUAAUACCAUUAUUACCAGUGCGUCCAAUCAACUCUGUACCGGUACACCUACUGCGAGUUUUGCGGCAAUUUUCAAUAGCUUGGGAGGAGGAGACGUAGCAGAGGGAACGGCAACUCAAUUGACGGAUUUGUAUCCGAGUGAGACGGCGGUUAGUCUUUACUAUACUGCGAGUGGAAAUCAGGGACUAGGCGCUAUCACGGGAAGUGCAACGGGAGCUACGAAGACGGGUGGUACGUCGGCGAGUGUGGCGGCUACGGGAUCAUCAUCGGCUUCUGGUAUUUCGGCUACCGCUACGAAGACUAGUGCGGGAAGCGCUGGUACGACGGCAAGUGGAACUGGAACUGGCAGUGGAAGUACAUCUAGUUCGACUGGAGGCGCUGCACCAACCGGGGUCAUGAGGGGUUUCUUGGGAAUGGCUGUUGGUGGGGUUGUAAUGGCUGCAUUGUGA